AUGUCAUGUUCAAUAAAUAAUAAUAAUAAUAAUAAUAAUAUUAAUAUUAAUAUUAAUAAUAACAAUACCAAUUCUAAUGAUAUAUUAUUUUUUAAAGUUUUUCGUAAUAAGUGGCUUCGUUGUAAAAUAUUUAGUUGUUUAAAAACAUACCAAAUUAUCAAUCAAUACUCCUCAAAUGAAAUCAACUCCUUCAAUAUUGAAUCAUUAUAUGAAUUCAGGUACAGAGACUAUUUAUUAGAACUUCACAUUGGAAUUUUUGGUUUGUGCGUUGAUCCAAUUGGCGGCAGUAUCAAAUCCACAACUAAUAAACAAUGUGACUACUCCAUACCACAAGGUUGCAUUCCAAACUCAGUUUUAAAAAUAACUAAUAAUAUAAACAAAAAGAUCCUAUUUGGGUCUCUUCCCAACUCAUUAAAAGUAUUAAGCUUUGGUUAUGAAUUUAAUCAGUUUAUAGAGCCAGGUAUUUUGCCAUCAAAUAUAGAGACACUCAGUUUUGGAUAUAUGUUUAAUCAAGAAUUACACAAAGGCUCCAUACCAUCAUCAGUAAAAACUUUGUUUCUAGGCUAUCUAUUUAAUAAACCACUUGUAGAAGGCUCCAUACCAUCAUCAGUAACAUCUCUAACUUUUUCAAACAACUUUAACCAGCCAUUAACUAAAGAAGCAUUUACUUCCUCGACAUCACUAACAGAGGUUACUUUUGGUGCAGCUUUUAAUCAAAAAAUUAGAAAAAAUAUACUACCCAAUUCAAUAAAGACUUUGAAAUUUGGAUACUACUUUAAUCAAGCCUUAAAAAAAGACAGGAUCCCAAACUCUGUAACCAAACUUGUAAUCCAAGGACACUUCAACCAACCUUUAAUUCAAGGUUCAAUACCCAACUCUGUAACUCAACUUGUUAUUCAAGGUCAUUUUAAUCAACCUUUAAUUCAAGGCUCCAUUCCAAAUUCUGUAACUUCGCUUCAAUUCUCAAACCAUUAUAACCAACCUUUGAUGGAGGGCACAAUACCAAGCUCAGUUACUGAUCUUACAAUUGGCGGUUUUAAUCACUCAAUAGUAUCAAGCAUACCAUCCUCUGUGCAAACUCUGUCGAUCUGUUUCUUAUUAAACCAAAGAUUAAUCGAAUCUUCAAUACCAAAAACUAUUAAAGAAGUUAAAAUUAUUGGUAAAUAUGAUUACCCUUUACCAAUUUUAAAUAAUUCAAAAUUAAUUUUAUUAAAUUAA